UUAGCGGCGGCAAAUUGACAUCUUUUCUCCCGACACCGUAACGAAUCUUGAGACCUUCGACAAUGAGGCGAUAUAUGUAUAUUUUGGCGUCCUGUCGCCGAGAGGCGGGUAGAUAAUGAGUUCAGCUUUCUUUUUUCUUCUGUCAUUUGUCAUUUUUCAUUCUGUCAUCACUACAUGAUUGCUGCUUAUCACCUUUAUGCCUCACUAACAUUUCCUGUUUACGUAUUAAAUCUGUGUUGUUUCUUUGUGUUUGACAAACACACACUGUGCGGGAUUAAAAGUGGCAAACAUCUUUUUAUUUUGCACUGACAUCAUGAACUUGCUUUUAUUCUUUCUUCUGGCCGUGCAAAUACACAGCGUGGCGCCUGUGGUUCACACGCUGAAGUAUUUCGACACUGCGUCCUCUCAAGUUCCAAACUUCCCAGAGUUUGUGAGUGUUGGUUAUGUUGAUGAAGUUCAGGUUGUUCGCUAUGACAGCAACAGCAGGAGAGCAGAAGCCAAACAGGACUGGAUGAACAAAAUCACAGCAGAGGAUCCACAUUACUGGCAGAUACAGACAGAGAAAAAUGUUGUUAGUGAGCAGGUCAACAAAAACAACAUUGAAGUUCUUAAGAAGCUUUUCAACCAAACUGGAGGUGUUCACGUUGUCCAGUGGAUGUCUGCAUGUGAAUGGGAUGAUGAGACUGAUGAGGUUCAUGGUUGGCAUCAGAUAAGUUAUGAUGGAGAAGACUUCAUAUCGUUGGACAUGAAGACAUGGACAUAUACCGCAGCAAAACAACAAGCUUUCCCCAACAAACUCAAGUUGGACCAGAACAAACCUCAACUAGACCACCAUAAGUAUUACUAUACUGAGGUGUGUCCUUCUUACCUGAAGAAGUAUGUGAACUAUGGGAGGGACGUCCUUAUGAGAACAGAGCUUCCAGAGGUGUACCUCCUCCAGAAGACGCCGUCCUCUCCGGUCAGCUGCUUGGCGACGGGUUUCUACCCCGACAGAGCCGACCUGUUUUGGAGGAAAGACGGCGAGGAGCUCCACGAGGACGUGGAGCACGGAGAGAUGCUCCCCAACCACGACGGAACCUUCCAGAUGUCGUCGGACCUGAAAGUGGAGGUGACGGCCGACGUGGAGGGCAAGUACGAAUGUGUGUUUCAGCUGUCUGGCGUGGAGGAGGACAUCGUCACCAAGCUGGAGAGAAGAAGCAUCCUGAGCAACGCCAGCCAUGAAGACAACUUGAGCGUCGCCGUGGCAGCGACGGUCCUCCUGGCAGCCGUCGUCGUCGUCGUCGUCGUCAAGCGUCACAGAAACAGACGAGGUGAAGGACGCCCAUGUUGUCUGUCUUCUUCUUCUUCUCGGUGGAAAGCCGAUUACCGUCCGGCCGGUCGUCCGAACGCCGACGACGGCGGUGCCGGGCUCUCAGAGAAGAUGACGGCUGAAGGCUGAGUGAGACGCAGCAGCCGCACACAGUGUGGUGUGAGGAAGGUGAGGGAGCAGCCCAACAGCUCCUGCAUGACUGGUAUCUUGUCUUUCUUUCUUUUAGAAACGAUUGCACCAAAGGCGGUGUUGAGCAGGUCUACAAUCUUGUCUCUGAGGUCCUUGGACGACUCUUUGGUCUUGCCCGUGGUGGUGGAGAUUUGUGAAUGAAAUAGACUGUUCCUGUGACGGGUGUUUUUUAUCCAAUUUGUGUUUCACGGGCACAUCAUCGGUCUGUGGGGGUCAGAAUGCUUGCUGGUCGGUGGGGGAUCAAAUACUUAUUUCCCUCAAUCCAAUAAUAAUUGAAUUGUGUCUCUGUUGUAAUAAAGUCA